AUGGGUUGGUUCUGGGCCGACACUUCUCCUGUUGUCGUGCGCGCUCCAAGCGGCCAUCCUCACGUCGCCACCAACCAGGCGCCUCCGAGUGGAUGCCCUAUGCACAAGAAAACCCUCGAUGCGCUGAAUCCCAACGAAAAGAAGGCCGCCGAAGGCACCUCGGCGUCGAGCUGCCCAGUGCCUCACGCGUCUCGUGGCGCCGAAGAACAGCCCAAGUCGAUUAUUUCGCAGCUCAAUCCGCUCAAUUACAUGUUCCCCGACCUCUCCCAAAAGCGCGCCCCUAAUCAAGCCAUUGCAUUACCGACGAGUCGCGAGGAAUCUACGAUACCAAAGGGUUCGGGCGACGGCACAUGGGAGUACCCAUCUCCCCAGCAAAUGUACAACGCGCUUCUUCGCAAAGGCUACACCGACACAGAUGUCACAGCUGUAGAGUCCAUGGUAUCGGUGCACAACUUCUUGAACGAAGGUGCCUGGGCGGAGAUUGUGGGCUGGGAGCAACGCUUUGCGCGUGGACUGUACAAGGGGUGGCAAAUAUGCAAAAGGGGAGAAGCCCACGCGCCAGAAGAGUUGGAACGGCACUGGGACGGGACCGAGAGUCCACCAACACUUGUUCGAUUCCAAGGGCGGCCCAAGGAUCUGACGCCCAAGGCCACCAUGCUUCAAGUCUUGGGCUGGAUCUACCCAUCCAAGUUCGGAACCGAGCUUCCAUUCGACAGACACGACUGGUACGUCUCACGCGACGUGAAUGGCCAGAGACGGGAGAUUCGCUACGUUAUCGACUACUAUUCCGGGGAGCCUGAGCCAACGGGUGAGCCGGUCUUCUACCUCGAUGUCCGACCGGCGGCGACGCCUCUCGGUUCCGCGGAGCGCAUCAUUAGAUGGGGGAGCGAUGUGUGGUGGAAGGCCAUCGGAGGCGACAAGCGAGAGCAAGACCCGCAACCCUUCUUCCGCCACACUUCCUCGAAGCCGUGGGGUUGA